UCUCUCUCUCUCUCUGCACUUGAGUACCCGCCUAGGCCUAGCUUUAAAACCCAGUUUCAGUUUUUCUUUCUUUGGAAAAUUAUACAAGUAGUGAAGCGUUUUUAAUAGUUAUUUUGUGAUGAGGCUGUACGUUUACGUGUUGCAAGCCAAAGACUUGGGUGUGGAGGACAUUUACGUGAAACUCCAAGUCGGGAAGUUCAAGUCCAAGACAAGGACUUUGAGAAAUACUUUGAAUCCGAUUUGGAACGAGGAGUUUGUUUUCAGGGUUCAUGAUGUUGGUGAACAGGUUGUUGUUUCUGUUUUUCACCAUGAUGAUGAUUCUGGGUUCUUCAAUGCUUCCAAAGAUUUGGUUGGUCGGGUUAGGAUUCCGGUCUGGUUGAUUGCUGAUGAAGAUAAUCAAACCUUGCCUCCAACUUGGCUUUCUCUUGAAAAGCCUAAGACCGGAAGGUUUAUCAAUAAAGAUUGUGGAAAAAUUCUCCUCACCAUUUCUUUGCAUGGAAAAGGGCAUGAUAAUUCAGCCAGUCAUCUUCUUUAUGCACAGUCAGACAUUCACCAUGAGGACUACAAAGAAUUGGAAAGCACAUGCAAAUUAUCUCAUGACAUAUUUAGUUUCAAAGCUCCAUGCCUGAAAAUCACAGAAGGUAAACACUUAGUGAAGGCUAUUGCAGGCCGUCUUGAAAAGCUUUUCAAUAAGAAUGAGGAAACCUCAAGAACUGAUGAUUCAUCAUCAGAAUUAUCCACUGCACUAUCUGAUCAUGAGGAUUCAUUGGAGGGACUCCCCUCUAGUUGCAGCUUUGAAGAAGCAAUUAAGUUGAUGCAGUCAAAGCACAACCAACAUGAAAUGCCCGAAAACCUUGAAGGGGGCAUCCUUCUUGAUAGGAUGUAUGCAUUAUCCUCAUAUGAUUUAAAUAAGUUUCUUUUUGCACCUAAUUCACAGUUCAGGAAAGACCUGGCAGAACUGCAGGGAACAACGGAAGUCCAGGAGGGUCCUUGGACAUGGAAAUCAGGAUAUGAUUUUUGCUUAACACGAGUUGUUACAUACACAAAAGCUGCAACAAAGUUAGUAAAGGCUGUUAAAGCAACAGAAGAGCAGACCUAUAUCAAAGCAAAUGGACAAGAAUUUGCCAUCCUGAUAUCUGCAAGUACUCCUGAAGUUCCAUAUGGAAGUACAUUCAAGAUCGAGUUACUUUACAAGAUAAUGCCUGGACCGGAGCUAUCAGCAGGAGAAGAAUCUUCUCAUCUCAUAAUAUCAUGGAGAAUUAAUUUUCAGCAGAGCACAAUGAUGAGAAGCAUGAUUGAAGGAGGAGUUAAGCAGGGACUGAAGGAGAGUUUUGAUCAGUUUGCUAGCUUGCUAGCUCAGAAACUAAAGAUUCUGGAUUCCAUGGAAUUAUCAGACAGGGAUCAUAUGCUGUCAACUUUGCAAACAGAGCAGCAGUCAGAUUGGGAAUUGGCAACUGAAUACUUUUGGAAUUUCACUGUGGUUUUCACCAUUUUUAUGGUUUCAUUUUUCAUUGUGCAUCUUAUACUUUGUGAUUCUUCCAAAGUCCAAGGCUUAGAAAUUGAUGGACUUGAUUUGCCUGAUAGUUUUGGAGAGCUUAUCACAGGUGGAAUUUUAAUUAUACUUUUGCAGCGUGCUUACAACAUGGUUUCUCACUUCAUACAAGCUAGGUUGCAAAGAGGCAGUGAUCAUGGAGUCAAAGCCCAAGGUGAUGGAUGGGUUCUCACUGUCGCUCUAAUCGAGGGUGUUAAUUUGGCAUCCUUGGAUUCGACAGGCUUUUCAGACCCUUAUGUGGUUUUUACCAGCAAUGGUAAAACAAGAACAAGCUGUGUCAAGUUACAAACUCGUGAUCCUCAAUGGAAUGAGAUACUUGAGUUUGAUGCCAUGGAAGAACCCCCAUCAGUCCUGGAUAUUGAAGUUUUUGAUUUUGAUGGUCCUUUUGACCAGGCUACCUCCCUUGGGCAUGCUGAGAUCAAUUUUUUGAAACAUACAUCUACCGAACUGGCAGACUUGUGGGUCUCCCUGGAGGGAAAGCUUGCUCAGUCUUCUCAGUCAAAGUUACACUUAAGAAUAUUUUUGGAUAAUAACAAAGGAGUUGAAGCUAUUAAGGAAUAUUUAACAAAGAUGGAAAAGGAAGUAGGCAAGCAGUUGAAUCUACGGUCACCUCACAAGAAUUCAACAUUUCAGAAACUGUUUGGAUUGCCACCCGAAGAAUUUCUUAUCAGUGACUUUACAUGUUACCUGAAGAGAAAACUGCCUGUGCAGGGCCGCCUCUUUCUAUCUGCAAGAAUUGUGGGGUUUUAUGCCAAUUUGUUUGGACACAAAACCAAGUUUUUCUUCCUUUGGGAAGAUAUUGAAUACAUUCAAGUGCUUCCGCCAUCGCUGGCGUCUCUGGGUAGCCCUUCUCUAGUCAUAAUUCUGAGGAAGGAUCGAGGUCUUGAUGUAAGGCAUGGUGCAAAGUCUCAAGAUGAAGAAGGAAGACUAAGAUUUUAUUUUCAAUCUUUUGUGUCAUUCAAUGUGGCCAGCAGGACAAUAAUGGCCUUGUGGAGAACAAGAACUCUGACACUUGAUCAAAAAGCACAGAUUGCAGAAGAGCAGCAGGAUCAAGAGGAAAGACCCAUCACACUUGAAGAGGUUGGAUCCAUUCGGGAUGUUGAAAUUACAAAGAUGUCAAAGAUUUAUUCUGCUGAACUUCCUAUCAGUAUAACAUCACUAAUGGAAAUUUUUGAUGGAGGAAAUUUAGAGCAUAAAAUUAUGGAAAAAUCUGGUUGUAUUAAUUAUGUAACGACCAUUUGGGAACCUGUAAAGCCUGGUGUUUCUGAAAGACGCAUCUCUUACAAGUUCAAUCGCCAUGUUUCAAUCUUUGGAGGGGAAGUCACCUGCACACAACAAAAAUCUCCCAUUGCAAAUGAUGAAGGGUGGAUUCUGAAUGAGGUCAUGGUGCUCCACGACGUCCCAUUUGGUGACCACUUUCGUGUCCAUUUUAUGUACCAGAUCGAAAAGUCUGGCCUAGCUCACAAUGCUUGUAAGUGUGAUGCUUACAUUGGGAUCACCUGGCUAAAAAGCACCAAGUUCCAGCUGAGAAUAACUCGAAACAUAACGGAGAAAUUUAUUCAUCGAUUAAAGGAGAUAUUCGAACUGGUUGAAAGAGAGAUUCUGUUUGCAACUCAACAGGAGACAUAGCUGCAGCUUUUGACAGAUCUUUCCAUGCUUACAUUCGUCCUUCAGGAACCUGGAGCAACACUGUUACAGCUUAUGCAGAGAGUUUUCCUGGAAUCCCAUUCAAUAUCUUGUAUGACAUUCAAAAUGUUAAUGAUUUUUUAUUAUGCUAUAUGAAAUAUUCAGAAAGGGAAGAGAAACUUAGGCUUUAAGCCUUGUAUACCAACAUUAGUUGAAACAAACUGUGUUUCAGCUGAAAUUUCAUGUUCCUCCAUUAGAAGAAAAUUUUUUAAUUUUUUUUACAUAUUUUUCCAUAAUUUUACUGUAUUAUGGGCAAUAAUGCAUCACUCUAAUGUGAGGCAAUAAGGAAAGGUUUGGAUAAAUUCCACUUA